AUGGUGAAUCUGAUUUCGAGCUAUCCUAACCGCGGCAUCGGGCGUGCCAUCUGUGCUGCGCUGGUUCAGCAUUUCCCAGGUCCCUCAAUAUUGUAUGCAGCCUCUCGUGCUGGGGGUCCUAUUGACUUAACUGGCCUAUCUAUUUCUCCAUCCGCACAAAUUCGCCCUGCCCAGCUGUCCCUCGCCGACAAGGCCAGCAUCACCGCCCUCAGCACAACGAUCAGCCAAGAGCACAGAGGCUGUGACAUUCUCACCAAUAAUGCCGGAAGUUAA